AAUUAAUGGGUUAGAUUUCUUGUUUUUAAGGAAAUGAAUUAACAGAGUUUAAUGUUUUGUUAUUAGGUCCAUCUGGAUCUGGAAAAACAAGGGUGGUAACGGAAAAGACUUUAGGACCAACGAUUAGUAAUUUAAUAUUUAAUUUUUAGAAUUAGAAAAGCACCUAGUAAAAUUAAAUGAUGCUCAUGGGUUGAAUUUUUAUGAUACACCUGGUAUUCUUAGUUUAUUCAAAUAAUGUCUCAAUUUAGAUAUUAUAUAAAGUGUUGAUAUAAUUGUAUGUUUUCCAAAUUCAGAAUAAUACAAAGAACAUAUUAAAGAAUUAUUGCAAAAUAAUACUAAAUUGUUUAAAUAGAUUCCAUUUUAUGAUAUUCCAGGGGAAUUGGAAUCAAAGGAAAUAAGAAAUAAGAUCUAUUUAUAUAUUUUAUCAUAAAGUAAAAGAAAAUCAAAAAAGCCAAGUUAUUAUUAAGAAAUUGUAUGA